UAUAGAUUAUUGUUACCACCACCGAUCAGGACGUGAUCAAUGAUUUGUUCACCAAUAACCAGUCAUAACUGGUUACCACUCACCACCGAAAGUAAAAACACCAAUGCGAUUUUGCCGGCUAUCAUGUUCAAUGUUGUGAUAAUAACGUUAACAAUUUACAAACAACAAAUACAAAAUUCAAAGUUUUGAACGUUCAAAAGUUCUAAACUCAGUCCGCUAAGUGCGAACUAUGUUCCUUGUGUUAGUCUAAGACUAUACUGUAUACUGCGCUAAAAUGGAAACAGCCGUCGAAGAAUAUCCACCAGUGAACUGGGGUAAUGAAAAAUUGGAAGAGGCACAGGAUACGACCAACGAAAAUCCUUGGGACGUAGAGUCGUGGGCGAUACUGUUGCGUGAAGCACAGACUCGAUGGAUCAACGAUGUACGGUCGUUCUUUGAAAAACUUGUCACUACAUUUCCGACUUCUGGUCGAUACUGGAAGUAUUAUAUCGAAAUGGAAAUGCGUGGUCGGAACUUUGAAAAAGUCGAGAAGCUCUUUCAGCGUUGUCUCGUCAAAGUACUUAACAUUGAACUGUGGAAACUUUAUCUGGCUUAUGUUAAAGAAACAAAAGCACUUUUACCGACUUACAAAGAAAAAAUGGCCCAAGCAUAUGAUUUUGCAUUAGAGAAAAUUGGCAUGGAUAUACAUUCACAUAACAUUUGGCAAGAUUACAUAACCUUUUUAAGUAGUGUUGAAGCAGUUGGUUCAUAUGCUGAAAACCAAAAGAUUACAGCAAUCAGAAAGGUGUAUCAACGUGGUGUUGUAAAUCCUAUGAUUAACAUUGAAUUGUUAUGGAAAGAAUAUCUGGCUUUUGAACAAAGUAUUAAUAUUAUGAUUGCUGACAAGAUGAUGAUUGAACGAAGUAGAGAUUAUAUGAAUGCCAGAAGAGUCACCAAAGAGUACGAGGUAGUUAUAAGAGGACUAAACAAGAAUUAUCCUAGUGCACCCCCAACUGGUAGCCUAGAUGAGAUGAAACAAGUGGAAUUGUGGAAAAAAUAUAUAAUCUGGGAAAAAGCGAACCCUUUGAAUACCGAAGACACUGCAUUAAUUACAAGACGAGUAAUGUUUGCUUUUGACCAAGCACUAUUAUGCAUGACCCAUCAUCCUGACUUUUGGUAUGAAGCUGCCCAAUUUUUAGAUGGAAGUUCUAAAAUUCUCUCAGAAAAAGGGGAUAUAUCAGCAGCUAAACAGUAUAGCGACGAAGCAGCUAAUGUUUAUGAAAGAGCAAUUGGUACUGUAUUAAAUACAAGUAUGUUACUACGUUUUGCUUAUGCUGAUUUUGAAGAAGGUCGUAUGAAUUAUGAAAAAGUUCAUAGUAUUUAUAAAAGUUAUUUAGAAAAUGAAAUUACCACUGAUCCAACACUGACAUAUGUACAAUAUAUGAAAUUUGCUCGUCGCGCCGAAGGAAUUAAAUCUGCACGUGCAGUUUUUAAAAAAGCAAGGGAUGACUCUAGAUCUAAAUACCAUGUUUAUGUCUCUGCUGCUUUAAUGGAAUAUUAUUGUAGUAAAGAUAAAAACAUUGCUUUUCGUAUUUUUGAGCUUGGAUUAAAAAAGUAUUGCGACAACCCUCAGUAUAUUAUUAGUUAUAUAGAUUAUCUUUCUCACCUUAAUGAGGAUAAUAAUACAAGGGUAUUAUUUGAGAGAGUUCUAUCAAACACAAGUCUUGAACCAGAAAAAUCUGUAGAUAUUUGGAAUCGAUUCCUUGAAUUUGAAUCAAAUAUAGGAGAUUUAUCAAGCAUACUGAAAGUAGAGAAACGGAGAUCUGCUGUUUUUGGCAAGCUAGUUGAGUUUGAAGGAAAAGAAACAGCACAACUUGUGGAUAGGUAUAGGUUUUUAAACUUAUUUCCAUGUACAAGUCCCGAGUUGAGAUCUAUUGGUUAUAACGAAGUUACCAAUACAGUAUCUAAAACAAUGCAUAAUUCCACCCAAAGGUCUGCAGUUAUCGAUGGGUUAGAUGACUUAGAUAAUCGACCCAACGAAAAAAGAUUGCCAGUGCCAGAUAUUUCUCAAAUGGUACCUUAUAAACCAAAAUUGAAUGCUUUUCCAGGCGAACAUAUUGUGCCAGGAGGAACCUUUCCGCCGCCACCACCAGCUUGUCAGCUAAUGCAAGUAUUACCACCACCCGGUUGUUUUCAUGGCCCAUUUGUGUCUGUAGACAUGCUUAUGGAUAUUUUCUUGAGACUUAUACUUCCUGACAAAGCACCAAUGCCAAAAGCUGAAAAUGGAUGUGAUGCAAAAUUAUUUGACACUGCUGUGUCAGUGCAAUGGGCCAAUGAAGAUGCAGCACAUGGUGGUUCCAAUAAGAAAAAACGAAGAAUAGGAGGACUGUCUGGUAAAGGUGAUGACAGUGAUGAAGAUAUUAACCUAGUACCACCACCAUUUGAUGUAUAUCGAUCAAGACAACAAAAGCGUGUGUCCAAAUAACAAAUACUAUUUUUAAUUUUUGUUUACUGGAAUUAUCAUUUUCAUUUAUUCAUUUUAAAUAUGUUUAUUUUUUUUAAUUUGUAAAUAGUUAUUUUAAUUAAAUAAUUAUAGCAUAUUUGUUUAUAAACCAAACCAAGAUGAUUAUUAGAUAUAUUAAUCAUUUAUUUAAAAAAAAAAUAUUAUUGAUAAAAUAAUAUGUGAAACUAUCAUUAUUUUCAAUAAACAUUUUUUAACUAAUACAACAGGCUCUUCCUGAGACAUUACUAAUGCUUAAUAAACAAUUCUACAUCAUAGAUAAACACAAACUUGCUCUUUUAUUAAAAUAUAUUCACCCUACCAAAAAUAAAAGGAGCAACAUAAUAUUAUAUUAAUAUUUUAUAUCUCCUAUAGGCUAUGAUUGUGUUUUUUCAAUGUAAAUAAUUUUAAAUUGUUUAUAUGCCGUUUGAAAAGUGUUUACAAUGUACACAUUAUCUAUAAAACAAUAUAUCUCAAAUUUGCACCUCAGAUUAUAUUAUGAUAUAUUAUUACUUUUGUUAUGGCAGCAUGAGGUAGGGCCAUGGUCCUAUUCCUAUACUCCUAUCACUGGACUGACGUUCAUAGGCGUAGUUAGGGGGCUUAGCCCCCCUCCAUGUGUCGCUACAUGUCUGCCCCCUAAAUUUGACCACCCUACAACUAUGCCGACCUUAAACAUAUUAAUUUGUAUUUUAUAUGUACACAAAAAUGUACAUUCAUCAAUAAUUAAAUUCACUAUUAUAGUUUACAUUUUAAUACUAGUUAUUACCUACAACAAACUUAUAUAUUUUAUAAUUAAUAGUACUACUUAUAAAUUGUAAUAAUUAGCUGAUACAUAAUAUACUGUGUAAAUUGUUUUA